GUGCCAUUGGAACAGGUCUUCUAUAAAAUAGCAAAUUACACUUUCAGGCCGUUUAGUCAAUCACAAAACUCCGACCAAUGCACUGUUACCUGUCACAAAGUCUGUGCAAAGUUUAACCCUCUCUGUUCAAGUAUACUUCAAACUCUUAGUGUGUGUUUUAAAAUGUUUCAAACAAUUGCUGUGGUAGCUUUGAUAUGCUUUGUAAAGCUAGACCAAGCAAGUGGAGAUUUACCGGUUGUUCUUUGGCAUGGCAUGGGUGAUACUUGUUGCUUUCCAUUCAGCUUGGGUGGAGUGAAAAAAUUUCUUGAAACUGAACUCGGUGUUUAUGUAAAAUCCAUCGAAAUUGGAAAUUCAAUUGUAGAGGACUUCAAAAGUGGCUACUUAAUACAUCCGAAUCAGCAGGUAGAAAUGGUUUGUGCGAAUCUUCAAAAUGAUACGCGCCUCAUGAAUGGCUACAAUGGAAUAGGAUUUUCCCAGGGAGGACAAUUUAUGCGCGCUCUUGCCCAAAGAUGCUCAUCACCGCGCAUGAAUAAUCUGAUUACCUUAGGCGGACAGCACCAAGGUGUGUUUGGAUUACCAAACUGUCCGUCGUUAAGUAGCAGAACGUGUGAGAGGUUUCGUCGACUUCUUAAUUAUGCAGCCUAUACGGAUAUGAUGCAAAAUUUCCUUGUUCAAGCGACUUACUGGCAUGAUCCGCUGAAUGAAGAAACAUACAAAAAUAGCAGUACAUUUUUGGCAGAUAUUAACAACGAGCGCUCAAUGAACAAAACGUAUAUUGACAAUUUGCAAAAGUUAAAUAAGUUUGUAAUGGUACGUUUCAACAAAGAUAGCAUUGUUCAACCUCUGGACACUCAAUGGUUUGGUUUUUAUAAACCCGGACAAGAUAAAGAAACCGAAAGUCUUCGCGAUAGCCAUAUAUAUCACGAGGAUCGACUGGGUCUACAGGCCAUGGACAAAAGAAAUCAAAUUGUGUUCCUUGAAUGUGAGGGAAAUCAUCUCCAGUUUACAAAAGAAUGGUUUCGAAGGCAUCUUUUUAUGUAUCUACAAUAGAUGUUCGGUCUUAUGGUAAGGCUAUUUAUUGGUAGUAUCGUUUGAUAAUUUCCAAAAUAAGUUUCAUUUAUAUCAAUUGAUGUAAGCUCCAACAAAAUAUUUCUUUUCGGUUGAAUAUAUGUAUAUCUGCCCGGUUGACAAAAAUUCAAACUUUUUGCAGCUUUCAUGUAGUUACAGCAAGUUUUUCCAUGGCAGAUUGCUGGGACUCUUGCUGGAACUACAUAGUACCAGCAAAAAUUUAAAUUUCUGUCAACCGGAUGCUUUAGUUAUUCAAAACCUAGCAAUAUUUUUGUGUAGGUCCUAUUCCUAUGACGUUCCGACCAUGUACGCUUCGAUUCAAUUGGUAAUAUGAACAUCGGUAAUAACUUUAAAAAAUUUAAAACAUGUUGCAAUCAUUUCGAACCACGGUAAUGCUUAAGAGAGCUAAAUUGUAAUUUAUAUAAACAUAUUCUUUUACAUAAAAACUAAUUUCCGAGCAUAACACCUACCCUUAUUUUUGAAGCAGUUCUUGUUGAAAAGGGGUUUUGUUAUACACGCCAAAAUAUAUUCAAUCCACUAC